UUUGAGUUUUUGACUAGGUGACCCAGCUUUUGAAGAAAGUUUCUACUAAAUAUUUGAUAUAUUAGUGUAAUUUGAAAGCAAUAUUACCGUAACGCGUGUUUGAAUUGUCUAUUAUUGUUAUUUAAAUGUGUCAUAAGUUAACGCAAUGAGUAAUGACCCGCAAGUUGCAGAGCAAGAUUGCGCAGUUUGCUUACAAAAAUGUCAUCAUCCUACCCAGCUUCCUUGUGGGCACAUCUUUUGUUUUCUUUGUGUAAAGGGAGUGGCAAUUCAAAGUAAAAAGUGUGCUAUGUGCAGAGCAGAGAUCCCACUUGAUUAUUUGGACCAUCCAGUACUUUUAGAGAAAGCUUCCCCUCAAGCUAGUUCUGAGGAAGUGAAUGAAGGCUACCAAUGGUAUUAUGAGGGAAGGAAUGGUUGGUGGAAAUAUGAUGAGAGAAGUAAUGUUGAAUUAGAAAAUGCAUAUAAUGCUGGAAGCCCCGAGUGUACAUUACUACUAGCUGGAGCUGUGUACAGAAUAAACUUUCAAAAUAUGGUACAGAUGCGACAGAAUGAUAGGACCAGGAGACGCAGAGUUCAGAGAGACACCCCUGCACUGCCAGCCAAAGGUAUUGCUGGUAUAAAGAUUGAUAAUCCCAGUAAUGAAGCUAAGAAUGAAUCUGAUGCUUCAAACACUAUUGAUCUAACCAGCAAUGACAAUGACAACAGUAGUGACGCUGAACCAGUGGAGAUUGUAGAUAGUGAUGAUGAUGAAGUCAGUGAGAUUACUUCUCAAGAUAAUGAACUCAAUGAAUUAGUUCACAGAACCAGUGCAAUCAACUUAUUGGAUCCCACCAGGCAUGCAAAUGAGGACACAUGAUUUAAGACAUACCUAUGAUUAUUAACUUUUUAAGGUAUUGGUCCUAAGUAAUACAAUAGAAUCCACUUAAUAUGAUUAUGUUUAAAAUUAUCUUCUUCAUAAUAUGCCAGUCCCUGUAACUUGAGCAAUCUGUAUGUACUAUGUAGUAUUUAUGUCAUACAUUUUUGUGGCAAUAUGCAUUUUUUCACCUGUUCCUUUUAUAAGAUGAUUCUUAAGCGGGUUUUACUGUUAUUAUAGUAGACUGCUUAGACCAGGAGUCCAAAUAUGUUAUUUUAACAAUAAAUUUGACCUAAAACUAGUUUGCUGUUGCUGUCCUGGGCUAAGCUCUUGUUUGGCCACUUACUUUCUGCAGGUUGGACUUUUGGUUUGGAGACCUCUGGUAUAGAGCUAGGCUAGCAUGUUGAUAUACAUUUUUGUGUAAAAUAGUUACUUAUUAUACCUCCACAGAACAAAUACUUACAUGUAACAUAACAGAAGACCUAAGUAAAUUUCAAUUCACAUAUACAUUUGUAUAGCAAGCUAUAAGAAAUGUUAAAAAUAAAUCUGUUUUCUUUUUAACCUGCAAAAUUUCUGAAGUUAGUCAUAGUUAAAGAAAAUUGUUAUUUUAUGUAGUUGUAACUAGGUUAUUUCAACCAACAUUGUUAUUUUUUUUUAUAUAUAACCCUUUACCAGGCUAUACAUAUAUUUCCCACAUACGGCACUUCAAACAUGUGUUCUAUUUUUGAUGAGUAAGACCGACAUUCUAUUGUCAUUUUUGAAAUG